AUGGCUGUGCCAAAUCCAAACCCAAAACUCCUCAAUGGCAUCUCCAGUUUGUCCAUUGCAACAUCAGACGAAACUAUCUACCACCGUACUGUCGCAUUCUACCAACAAUUCGGCUUUACUAAAAUCCAUUCAUAUUCUCGCGGUGACCCAGAUCUUACCAUUGAAAGAUUUCUGAGUGCCGCCCAUGCCAUUGACUCCAUUGCCGAGUCUUGGCUCAACCUCCUCCCGGAACCCGAGUACGGACACAAGGACGCUUCAGAAGACUCAGGAAUUACUCUCAAAAUUAGACUCUCCGCAACUGGCCCCACAGCUUCCCAAUCCCUGGACAAGGCCCGAGCCUUUCUAGACGGCCCAGAAAAGGACAAUGAUUGGCGCUCAGUUACUUGUCUUCUCAUCUUUGAGACCCACGAUAUGGAUAGCCUCCUUAACAUUCUCGACUCUUUCCCAAUUCUCCCAGAUGUCAAACCCUAUAUCCAACUUAGACCUAACGAGGUCUCCCCCAUUGAAGUCUUUGCAAUCGACCCCGUUGGCAACGCCAUUGGCUUCACACUCCGCAAAAACCCAUUCUCCGUCGUAGACCCGGGAUUCAUCUCAACAAGAGGCUCAAAUCCUCAAGGUUCAAGCUCUGUAUCUGGUGCUUCCACUCCUCACGGGGGGAGACUCCCCGGUGCAACGGCUCUCGGCGAACCGGGGAAACCCUCUUCAUUUGGCUCUCUCGAGCGUAAGAAAAUCGCAGUCAUGACCUCUGGUGGUGAUGCCCCAGGUAUGAAUGCCUGUGUGCGUGCUGUUGUCCGUACCGCCAUUCACCGUGGCUGCGAUGUUUACGCAGUUUUUGAAGGAUACGAUGGUCUCGUCAAGGGUGGUGAUCUUAUCAAGCCCAUGACUUGGGACGAUGUCCGCGGAUGGCUUGCCAUUGGAGGAACAAAUAUUGGUACGGCUCGUUGCGCUACCUUUCGUGAACGCUACGGCCGUCUGGCUGCCGCACGCAAUAUGAUUAAAAAUGGAAUUGAUGCUCUCAUUGUUUGUGGCGGUGAUGGCUCGCUUACCGGUGCUGAUACUUUCCGUGAAGAAUGGCCUUCUCUUAUUCAAGAACUAGUCACAGACGGCGUUGUUACUCAAGAAGAAGCUGAAAAACACAAGAAUCUUUACAUUUGUGGUACUGUCGGCUCUAUUGAUAAUGAUAUGGCUACUACUGAUGCAACCAUUGGUGCAUUUUCUUCUCUCGAGCGUAUUUGCCAGUCUGUCGACUAUAUUGAUGCAACAGCCCAGUCCCACUCCCGUGCAUUUGUCAUUGAGGUCAUGGGCCGUCACUGUGGCUGGCUCGCUCUUAUGGCUGGCAUUGCUACCGGCGCAGACUUUGUCUUUAUCCCAGAACGUCCUCCUGCCCCUGAUGAGUGGCAACACAAUAUGUGCAAGGUUGUCAAGCGUCAUCGCGACUUUGGAAAGCGCAAGACAAUUGUUAUUGUGGCUGAAGGUGCCAUCGACACAGAGCUCAACCCUAUUAGCUCUGACAAUGUCAAGGACGUUCUUGUUAAGCUUGGCCUCGAUACUCGUGUUACCACCCUCGGUCAUGUUCAACGUGGUGGUAAUGCUGUAGCCUUUGACCGUCUCUUGGCUACGCUCCAAGGUGUCGACGCUGUUGAUGCUAUUCUCUCGGCCACCCCAGACUCUCCUUCGCCCAUGAUUGGUAUUACUGAAAACAAGAUUGUGCGCCGUGAUUUGAUGGAAUCUGUCGCUCUGACAAAGUCGGUUGCUACUGCAAUCAAGAACAAAGACUUUGACAAGGCAAUGUCUCUACGCAACCCAGAGUUUUCCGAAAACUGGACAAAUUUUAUGACUAUCAACUCUGCAGACAAACAUGACGUUCGCAACCCAGCCGAAACUCCACUCAACAUUGCCAUCAUCAAUGUGGGUGCACCUGCUGGUGGUAUGAAUAGUUCCAUCCGUGCCAUGGCUGCAUACUGCUACUCACGCGGCCACCGCCCUUACGCCAUCCAUAAUGGUUUCAGCGGUCUGGCCCGCCACGAAUCUGUGCGUGACUUGGACUGGCUUGAGGUUGAGGAAUGGAUCAUGCGCGGCGGCUCGGAAAUUGGCACAAACCGUACUCUUCCGGAAUGCGAUAUUGGUAUGAUUGCCUACUACUUUCAAAAGUACAAGUUUGAUGGGCUUAUUAUUGUGGGCGGCUACGAAGGUUUUGCUUCGCUGCACCAACUCCAACAGGCAAGAACAGCUUACCCGGCGUUCCGAAUCCCCAUGGUGUGUAUCCCUGCCACCAUUUCCAACAAUGUCCCCGGCACUGAGUAUUCUCUCGGUACUGACACCUGUCUCAAUGCACUUGUGGAGUACUGUGACGUGAUUAAACAGUCUGCGAGUGCUUCGCGGCGCAGAGUUUUCGUUGUAGAAGUUCAGGGUGGUAACUCUGGCUACAUUACAGCAUACGCGGGUCUUGUUACUGGGGCGCAUGCCAUUUACCUCCCGGAGGAGGGUAUUAGUCUGCGCCAAUUGGAGUCAGACAUUGAUUACAUUAAGGACUGCUUUGAGAAUGACCAAGGUCGCAACCGUGCAGGUAAGCUGAUUUUGCGGAACGAGCGGUCAUCCAACACCUUUUCAACAGAAAUUAUCGUCAACAUUAUCCGUGACGAAGCAAAGGGCCGUUUCGAAGCACGCACAGCCAUCCCUGGACACGUGCAGCAGGGCGGUAACCCGUCGCCGCUGGACCGCGUGCGCGCAACUCGAUUUGCCAUUCAGGCAUGCAAAUUUAUUGAAGACAAUCAAAACACACGUGAGCUGCCUGUAACGGAGCAAAACGAUUCGGCCGUGGUUGUUGGCAUUCGUUCGUCCAAACUGGUGUUUUCCAGUGUGUCGCAGCUUUGGGAUUUUGAGACGGAGCAUUCUGAACGUAGACCCAAAAAGAGCUUUUGGUACGACAUGGCUCGUAUUUCGGAUGUGCUUGUUGGUCGUCCCCAGGUCAAUACCAAGUAA